CGGGGAGUGAAGACGAAUUAGCGAUAUAGGAGGCGCACAACCAACGAGACUAUACAUAUUAUAAUGUCUUGUACAGUAUCAGAGCUGCCGUCGGGAUGCCACCUGCGUGGCAUGGGCACUUCUUCGUCCUCUGCAGUGGCGGCUGCGGCAGUAGCGGCAGCGCAAAGAAGCGGUGACGGCGGUGGCACAUCCAGUACAGUUGGCGGUGGUGGUGGCGGUAGUAAUAGUGGUGGUCUCAAUACGGGUGGCAUACACGUGGGCGGCAUGAUGAGUACGACGAGUACGCUGGGCGCAACAACAACAAGUUCGCGCGGUGGUUCAACGGGGAAUGCGGGGGCGAGUUUGCUGCCAGAGACGAUGAUGACGGCGACGGCGUUGACGACAAGCACAACCCAACGACAGCAGCAACAAUCACAGAAGCCCUGCUGUUUUUGUUGGUGUUGCUGUUGCUCAUGUUCGUGUUUGGCAAUAAAAAACGCGGAAGACAAUGCACCAACAAGACGCGAUCCAGCGAGCGUGGAUCUGCUGCUGGAUGGUGAACAGCCUAGUCUGGAUGAGAUAAGAAGCUGGGGCAAAAACUUCGAUUUGUUAAUGAAAAAUGCGACUGGUCGUAAAGUGUUUCGUGACUUCCUACGCAGCGAAUUCAGCGAAGAGAAUAUUCUGUUUUGGCUCGCCUGCGAAGAGCUGAAAAAGGAGAGCAGUCCCGAAGCAAUCGAAGAGAAGGCGCGCCUCAUUUACGAGGAUUACAUUUCGAUAUUGUCGCCACGCGAAGUGUCGUUAGAUUCGCGCGUGCGUGAGAUAGUCAAUCGUAAUAUGGUCGAGCCGACACCGAAUACCUUCGACGAGGCGCAAAUACAAAUCUAUACGCUCAUGCACCGAGACUCAUAUCCAAGAUUCCUCAACUCGCAAAAAUUCAAAGCGCUGGCACAGUUGCAAGACGGCAGUUUAUCAGCAGCGGCUUCCACAACAGACAGUCCCACUUAAGAGAGUGCACAAUGAUGAGAGAAAGCGUUUGUUGAGUAGGUCAAAGUAAAUGAGAAAAUUGUAUGCCAGACACCAAAAAAACCUAAAAAUCUUUGCACAAAAAGUUAAAAGCAGUUAAAAGCAGCACGCACGCUGGCAUCAGGAAUAAAAGGUGAGGGUAAAUGUGAAGCUGGAGAAAGUGAGUGGAAAAUGAAGCGACAACUACAAAUCGAAAGCAGGAAACAAACAAUGGAAAUCAGCAAACCAACAACAAACAAACAAACAAACAAUAAAGUGUGUUCGCAGAAGGCUUGCGAAAUGCAACAACUAAAUUUAAGUAGCACUUAAGCUUUAGCACUAGACAAGACUAAGGACUAAGCGUAAAAGCAUUAAGCAUUAAGCACUAAUGUCUAAGGGUAUGACUUAAGAUUCUAUAACAACAACAUACACAACUAAGAAGAAAAGUUUGCUACAAUAUUUAGUUUCCUACUAGCGUCUAAGUGUCAAGCGAAAAUACUUACUUACUUAAUUGCGUACUUAUGUAUUCACAUACCUCCUUACUUAUUUACUUACCUAAGUACUUGUGUAUUCACAAUGUUCUCGUACGGAUUUCUAUCUAGCAUGCAAAUAGUAAUAUACAUGGGUAUGUAUAUAUGUAUGUGUGCAUAUGUGUAACUGCACCACGUAGAUCACCGCUCAAGAAGCGUUGGAUUAGAUGAGCGAGAAGAAGCAUGCAUACGCCUCUAAUUUUUUACCACAUUUUUCAGUUCAGAGGGAGUACAUAGAUUGAAAUAUGUAAAGAAAAAAUUACAGAAAAUAAGCAAUACAUAAUUCCUUAAAAAAGUAUGUAAAACUAUUUAACGAAAAAUAGUAGUAAUCAAGCGGCUAGAGGAAAACCGUAAUACGACACAAAAGGUAGAGCAAAACGAAAACAAAAGCACAAAGCGAUUUGGGGGACUUAAAGAGUGUAGAUGAGGUUGGUGAAGUCAGUGAAAAGCAAGCAAAUAAACAUUCAAACGAAUUGUAUGCGCACAAAUUGAUGUUAAACACAAUGGCUGGAACUCACGCUUGAAAGCCGGCAGAAAAAGCUAGA